GGCUCUAAUCAGAAGAAACCUAAGUAAGGUUUUGUUGGUUUGAAGGGAGAGGCAGUCAGGCAGAGGCUUUUCGUUCUCGUCUACUGUAUUUCUUUAGCUGGAAUUUUUCUUUUAAGGGUACUCUGCCGGGGUUGUCUUGGUCAUUUUCUACUGUCUGAAAUUUUAGGUCUUAGGCAAUCCAAUGUUGAAGAUUUUCAAUUUGAUCAACAGGCAGUUGAAGAACACCUUUGUUUCAUCGUCAGCACCAUCAUCGAUGAAGCUAUUCGUUACCACAAAUUCCUCUAUAAAAAAACAUACUUUACCAAACAAACACACUUAUCAAUUUCUGCACAACCUCAACUCCAAAACAUAAUCUUUUUCCCAAUUCGUUUUCUCAUACCAAUAUACUUAAUUUUAGUUUUCGUAGAUUUUCCUCUAUAUCCUCUCCUCGCACAGAAAGUAUGGUGAAUUAUCAAGCCUCUUUGUCUUCAGAGGUCAGUGGCUUAAAAAUGAAGCAUCUUUUGCCAUCAAUUCCAGUUAGGGCUUAUUGCUUAACCGAUAGAAUUGAUUUGGAAGGGUUAAUGGUUGAGAAUCAAGCCAAUUUGGUCCCGCAUGCUCCAGGAACUGGCAGAUAUGCUCUUCUCAGAUUUGACCAACUUACUAAUUCUCGUGCUCCUCGAGAUUUGGGGGCUAAGUUAAUUGGAAUUUCUCACUCUUACAUGGUGGUUUCCCCAUAUGGAUCCGUCACAAUGUUUAAUAUGCAUGAUCGCGAAGUUGGUAGGUACCUGGAAAUUAUCAAAAGACAUGCUUCAGUGUCGCUGCUUGAAAUGAUUAAGUGCGGUGGAGACUCGUCACAUAAUUACAUCGAUUACGAGGUGAGAGAACAGCCGGAUUUACACACGUGGAUGCAAGGUGGGCCAAACCAUAUAAUGCUGCAGCACUUGAACAUUGAUGGUAUCUGUACGAUUGUAGUGUUCUUGGGCAAAGUGUUGCUCUUGAUUACUACUGUUGCCUGGUUGAUGAAUUGGUUAACGAAUAUUCACCUGUAAAUAUUGGAUUGGAGGGAAGCGGUACUUGUAGAAGCUGGAUAAAGCAAAUUAUACUGUUAUGUAAAACACAGGAGAUUGCAACUGCUAUUUAUAGGUUUUGGCUAUCUGAGAGAUCAGAUAUUGCUGGGAAAGAAGAUACCAAGUAACUACCUUCUGGACAACUUUAACCUUGCUCAGAGAUUUAAGGGCUUGGAUCGUAAAUUUAAGAUUGGAGAGCUAAAUAAUGACAUUGUUGCAGAGCGAUUAAAACAACUGUUUGCAACCAUGUGGGGAGUUUUUAUUUUUUUAUGCUUGGCUUUGAUAUCAUUUUCACCCCUAGGGUUACUACUCAGUAUUCUGAAGAGAGUCGAGAGACUUAUCCCACUUGUCUCACUUGAAUAAUAAAAAAAGCUGGUCGGUGAUAUAUUUAUAUCCUAGCUUAAUUGGGGGCCAUGGAAUUUUGUUUGCCCCCAAAUUUUUCAAGGGUGUAAAAAUCGGAAGAUGAAUAUACUAUUUUAUCCUUGAUUAAAUUUUUUUCUUCAA